CUUUGUAUUAAUUAAGCCAAUUCAGUCAGGAUGGAAGGAGAAGGGAACGACACAAGUAGUUUACGAAGCGCGUUUAUAAAGGGUUUACCCAGCUUCUCUUUACCACCUAACCUCAAUAGUAAACUUGUAGCGAACAAGAAAAAAAACCAAUUGAAUCGACCUAGACUUUCGAAUCUACGUUCAGCAUGGUUAUCGACACAAAGCAUUGAAGAAGAUGUGUUUAGUGAAGAUAAAUUGAUUGAUAUAACCUUACCACCCGUCAAUAAAGAGAGUGGUGUCUUGGCAGAGGAGAUUCAAUACUCCAUGACGCUAGCAACCUGUGUUUGUCUAUCCACACCCAUCUUGGCUAGCGUAUUGUCUCCCACUCUUUACCUCCAUUCGUUACUCAUCGCUGCAUGGGUCUCCUUACUGGCUUGGCAAAAUUUGAUUCGUAUCGGCAGGUCCGAUCCUCUUUUACAACAUAAACAGUUAAAAGUCGGCCUGCUUUCUUCACUUUUCAUGCUAUUUUCUCUUUCCGUUCACCAACCAUCACUCUCUCUCAUCACUGUCAAUGCUUUGGGUACAAUCUUGUAUCUCUUGGCCUUUCGUCUUUUGACAGUACAAAAAAGAGUCGUCCAACAACUCGAGGGAGAUCAUGUCCGAUAUCAAACUGUCAUUGACGACGCCUUGACCGCUUAUUACGACCGUCGACACAUGUUCUUAACCACCGUAUCACAAGAGAUUAGAGACGCUUCACUCAUGGUCAUUGCUACUCUGGAACAAUUCUCUCCUACUUCCAUCUUAUCCAACUCCCAUGAAUUAUUAAGCGCAUGUUCUAUCGCCGUCCCCAUCACCAGUAUCACUGCCAUCAACACCACCAUCAAGGGUGCGUGUCAUAUCAGUUCUCAUCUCAACCUCAUCUCUCGCAUGUUACGAGAGGCCAACACAAAAACACCUCUUACGGAAGAAGAAAAAGUCAGAUCCACUGUCAAACAAGAUUUCGAUGUGAGCGAGUUGAUUCAAAAUGUUGGUGAUGCCUUGGCUGGUAUGGCUUCCAAGUUGGGAGUUCAUUUCGUGAUUUAUCAUACAGAUAAUGGCCUUUAUUACUCCAAUGUCAUUGGUGAUCAAGAUGCGAUUAAACAUGCCCUGAUCAAUUUGUUGCGAAAUAUCCUGGAAGGAUGUACUCCUGGAGCUUGUAUUGAACUAGGGUUAUACAUUGCCAUCAUUCCAGACACACCACGAGUCAGAGUGACUUUUGAUAUUAUCCAAACCGCCUCUCCUGCUAUCCCCGUCGGUGUCUCUGGUGCUAUCAUCCCUAACGCCAAUUUCACGGCCCAACUCUUGAGCUACAUCGGUGGUGUCAUGAACCUAGAAGAUCUCGGUAAAAAUCGUACUCGUGUUGAAGUCUCGAUCGAAUUACUCCCCGGUUGCAAUAUCGAUCAACGUUUGCUCUUGAUUGAAAAGCCUUCACAAAUCCUAGAGAAACAGUUCUCGAAUAUUCGUUUCUCCAAUGAACCCACACUAGAAGAUUUAUCUGGAUUUAUCACUCAAUUAAAGGGUGUCAAAAUGAUUUUACAUGCACACGAAAAGAGUAUAUUCGCUAAACAUUUAACUAGUUGUUUAACCAGUUGGAAUACGGAUAUCAGUCAUGUACCCGUACUGGGCUUUGCUGAAAUGGAUGACGGUGAAUCUUCCACUGCAGGUUCUGAAAGUUCGAUUUCUACAGUAGCUUCCACUGACACUGCUAUUCAUUCGAUUCUUUCUCCCAACUCCAAUCGAUCCUCCUCCAGUAAAGUUCCUUCUCCCGCUAUUGAAGAGGACCAUAUUCAUUCUAUCCCACCUGCUUUCAUCCUCAUUGACGAUGAUAUCUUGACCUUGGAAAAGAAAGUACGCGAAUUCAGAGAUCAACCCAUGGUGCCUCCCACUCCCGCUACCAACAAUCCUCCACGUCGCCAUCGACGCUCCAAAUCACGUCAAGGCGAAGUCAUCCAAGGUACAGUGGCUAUCGUCUUUUUCACUUGUCUUUCCAACUACAAACGCGUACGUGAUAUCGUGCAUUGGGUUUCCACUCUGGAUUUACCCCCUACCAUGCCUCGUGUCGUCGUCGUUCCCAAACCAGCGGGUCCUCGUCGUUUCUUAACCGCGCUUCAUACCGCUUGGAAUAACGCCAUUGUCGAACCUCAAUUUAUACCCAUUGCAACUUCGCCUCUCAGUCCAUUUAUUAACCUCCAUGUCGGUUCUCCUUCUAUUCCUGAUACGAACUCCGCAGGUUCCAUCACGCCCAAUGGGUUGGGUCCACCUACAGCCUCUGGCUCCAUGGCAGCCACCGCCGUCGCCGGCGGCGCCACAGGAACAGGAACCACCACUGUCAAUAGUUUGAUGACACCCCAUGACCCUACACGAUUCUCUCCAGGCCGUCGUAACAAUAUUCGAGUGAGUUCUCCUUUGGGAAUGGAAGUAGAAAAAGGAAAUUACUUUUUUGAUCCUGUGACACCUAGUGCACGUACCUCACCUGCUACCCCUUUACAGCAGCAACAACAACAACCUGUGGGUACACCCAAUGAAAUGAAACGUCGUAUGCGAUCGCAUAGUAACACCUUUGCUGUCCCCAUGGCCAGACGUGGUAUGUUGGAUAUGAGUCAAGCUUCGCCUGUUAAACCCUUGGAUGGCCUAGAACCUUUAUCGGAUCCUUCACAAAUGUCACCUGUGACAAAUGUACAGGCUCCCUCACCUGUUUCCUUGACGCCUGCGACGAUGCCUAUGACGGGUACGACGAUGGAUGGGAAAGGAGAAGAAAAACUGGAGUUGAAAGCACCGGUUGCUGUGAAACCCAAACAGAAACUUGCAUUUAUCAUUAGUAACCGUAAAAGGAAAGAAAAGAGCAAGAAGUCAGAUAAACCCAGUCCUCCUAUUACUGUAUUGAUUGUUGAAGAUAAUAUGAUUAAUCAGGCCAUUUUGUCAACAUGGAUGAAGAAGCACAAGAUUAAAUUCUCUGUUGCAUGCGAUGGAAAAGAAGCGGUUGAAAAAUGGAAAGGAGGUGGAUUUCAUCUCAUUCUGGUAAGUCUGCAUUUUGUUGUUGUUCAUGUUCGACUACUAACACAUAUAUUUUUUUGGUGGGGAGGAUAGAUGGAUAUUCAAUUGCCCGUGAUGAACGGUAUCGAUGCAACCAAAAUGAUUCGUGAUAUCGAAAAGGAGAGAAAGAUCGGUGUUUUACCUACCAACCAAAAGCAAAAGAAAAUGACACCUAUCGACACAAAAACCUCGUUUCAAUCACCCGUGAUUAUUGUCGCCUUGACUGCUUCUUCACUCGAGUCGGAUCGUCAAGCCGCGCUAGCCGCUGGCUGUAAUGAUUUCCUCACCAAACCCGUCAGUCUCGAAUGGCUCGAAAAGAAGAUCACUGAAUGGGGUUGCAUGCAGGCCUUGAUUGAUUUCGAAGGUUGG